GUCCUGACACUACCUGAACUCGCGUGAGGGAAGGACGCAACCUACCGUUCCAAAUGGAGGUCGACACCACGAUGGAGGAGGGCCGUGGCGACCAGAUGAAGCUGCUGCUGCAGGCUGUGGAGGAGGUGACGGAUAAGGUGGAGCAGAAGGUCAUGGAGGAGCCUCCUCCUGUCGUUAUGGAGGACAGGCCGGAGGACCUCGAGGGAUGCGAGAAACUCAUCGAGGGAAGCAGUUUGAAGAACAAUUUCCUCAGCAUAGGCCAGGCCCUGGUGACCAUCAACGAUAGGAAGCUGUACAAGGACUCGGGCUACACGUCGUUUACGCAGUAUAUCGAGCAGAAGGGCGACUUUGGGUUCGGCCCGAGGCAAGCCUUGCGCUUGCUCGCCGCGACACGCCUGGUGCGCAACUUCCCACCAAAUAUCGCACUUCCCAGCAGCGAGCGGCAGGUCCGCGCGCUGGUGGGGCUGGAGCAGGCGGAGGCGAUUGAGGUGUGGAGCAAGGCCACCAAGAUCAGCCAGGACACCAACACGCCGCUCACGCACCGCCUGGUGGAGAGCGUGCUGGGCAAGGAACUGCCCACCACCUACCGCCAGGUUACCCGCGAUUGGCAGGACUACGUCUCCCCCGACAGCGACUUUUACGUCACGCCUGCGCCCAUCCUGGCGGCGGUGCGGCGCCUGUUUGGCGGACCUAUAGACCUGGACCCUGCCAGCGACCAGCAGGCCAACCAGUCCGUCAAGGCGCUCAAGUUCUACUCGGCCGAGCAGGACGGACUGGCGGAGACCAACCCUUGGGCCGGCAAGGUUUUCAUCAACCCCCCGUCCGGGGUGACGGGGAAGGAGGCGGUGCAGGGCCUGUUCCUGCAGCGCGCCCUUCGUGAGGUGGGCUCCGGCGCCGUGAGCGAGGCAGUGCUGCUGCUCAAGGCCGCGGUGGGGCAGCGCUGGUUCGGGCCCGUGCUCGGGCAGCCGCACUGCUGGCUGUCGGAGAAGGCGCAGAAGAAGGCGGCGGGCAAGGGCGGUGGAGGCGGAGGCAGGGCAGGAGGCGGAGGUGGGAGGGGCAAGGCGGCUGUGAAGAAGGAGGAGGACGCGGAGGACGGGGGCGCAGAGGGCGGGGAGGGAGGCGGAGGCGGAGGCGGGGGUUGGAAGAAGGGCGGCGGCAAGGCGGCGGCGGCGGCGGCCGCGGCGACCACGCCGCGCGGGAUGGUGGUUGUGUACGUGGGCCGCCGUGUGAAGGAGUUCUGCACCUCGUUCGCGGACCUGGGUCACAUACCCGGCUACAACAAGAGCUGGAAGGCCGAUAGCCGUGGGAGCGGGCGCGGGUAGCGAGGCGGAGCGGAGUACGAACACGAGCACUGGCGCUGUUUGGUGGUGGACUGGUGGUGGCAUGGCGAUGGCGGGGGGUCGAGGACUAACCCAUAAGUGGGCUGCACUGUACGGCACAUGGGCGGGACAGUGACGUUGAAUGUGAUUGCUGUGAUGGUGUGGUCCGGCGGCUCUCAUCAGGAUGCGGUUCGUGGUGAUCAGGUCUGGUGGGGUUUGUACAGUAUGAAGGCGGGCGCUUUGAUGCCGGCAGCUGCAGCAUGCGUGAUCUAGGGUGCUUGCAGCAAGCCAUUACUAGUCCUGGUAUCAAGUCGGAUGCUCUGAAAUGUGUUCGUAUGUGUCGUCGUGAUCACGGAAUGUUUUGUGCGUGCUUUGGCCGCGUGUCCUGCACUGCGUGCAUGCAACGGACCACGGAGUGGAUAGAGUGUUUGCAGGGAUGGAAGCGUGUGUUAAUUGGAGGUCUGGGCGCAACGUAGCUGUGAACAUAGGAAAGGCCGCGCGCAUUGUACAUGAAUAUUAGGUAGGCAGGUACGUAUACAUCGGCGUCGGUGGCAAGGACGAGCCGGAGUUACGGAGUGCAGGCAGGGCGCUGACGUGCACAUGCGACCACGCCUGAUGGUGCUGGUGAGGGUGUGCGCACGAGUGGGUGGCGGCUGCACGGCACGAUGUGCAAGGCAGGUGGUUACGCGAAUUAGUGAUCAGAGUUAGGACGUGCUGCUUGUGAGCACAGAAGCCAGCGUUUAGCGUGAUUCUGGAAGAAAACGUUGCGCAUUGGCGCAUGAUGAGUCGCGGGGAGGCGGCGCGGUGGCAACCCCGGUGUAGGUAAGGCUGCUUGGAGGCUUGGAGACAUGAGUUGUUGGCCUGACAAGGGCUAUCGGAGGCUUUGGGGCGAUGAGAAAUUGCGGCUUGCUCCAGGUCUGUCGCAGGGAUGCGCGAAUGGUCGGUGAUGUACGGUUACCUCCAACCAGACGGACAUGGCUGGCUGGUGUGGCGAUGGCCCUGUAAGCGGCAAAUCAC